AUGGGCGACGCCAGUGUGCUGUUUGACAGAAGAAUUCUUUUUGCGUUAGUGCCAGUGCGCGCCAGUCCCGUGCCCAGUGUUGUGCGAGGGAGUUUCCUUGUAAGAUUCUUGGGGGGCAGGGUGGUGGGCGGCGACCGCCGCAUACCGUCCUACGGCGGGGACUAUCGCUACGCCAGGGAAGACAAGGGCGUCGAAGUGCAGCUGCUGCUGUUCGAAUCGUUCGGCGGGUUCGGAAAGGGGGUCCGUGAGAUCCUCCGGAGAGCGGCGGACGUGCUACAGAACAAGCUGACGCGGGCCCAGUACCUCGAUGAGGUGACUUGGACCACCAAGAGCUGGCUGGGGCUGCAGAAGCAGCGCAUCUCAGUCGUUCUUCACACGGCCAUCGCAGAGCAGGUCGUGAAUGAGCUUGCCUGUGGCGGGGGUGGGCGGGUGCACGGAGCUAAGUGCCUCGCCACCCUCGCAGGAGUCGCUUAG